GAGUUCAAAAAUGAGAGAACCAUCGUUUUCAGUAACAGGAACGAGUCUCCCACGCGACGAACAUGCAUGUGGGAUCCCCCCAUCUCAUGGCUUCUUCACAAGGCAUGUAUAAAAGAGCACCAAAGGCAAGCCUUGAGCAUCAACAACAUCCCCACAGGUCAUUUGUGCUCAACCAAAUAUGGCAAUCCCAACAUUAAUUUUCUUAAUCCUCCUCUUGCAUCUACUCUUUGCCUCACAGCCAUGUCACCUUAUUCUCACCUCAGCAGUCGACGGCCGCUGGCAACUUCUACAAACAAGCAUUGGCAUCUCAGCCAUGCACAUGCAACUCCUUAGAAACGACCGUGUGGUUAUUUUCGACAGAACUGAUUUUGGCAAAUCAAAUCUGUCGUUGCCAAAUGGGAAAUGCCGUAAUGACCUGUCUGAGGGAGCUCUAAAAGUAGAUUGCUCGGCACAUUCAGUGGAGUACGAUGUUUCGUCCAAUAAGUUCAGGGCUCUUAUGGUCCAAACCAAUGUUUGGUGCUCUUCAGGCGCUAUCACGCCUGAUGGUAAAUUGGUCCAGACUGGUGGUUUCAACGAUGGUGAACGUAGGGUGAGGGUUUUUAGCCCAUGCAGCAGCAGGGACUGCGAUUGGCAAGAAAUUCCAAAUGGGUUGGCUGCCAGAAGAUGGUAUGCCACCAAUCAUAUAUUGCCAGAUGGAAGAUUAAUUAUUGUCGGUGGUCGCAGACAAUUUAACUACGAGUUCAGUCCUAAAAAUAUUGCCGCCAACACAUUUAAUUUGCCUUUCCUGUUAGAAACCAAUGACAAAGGAGAAGAGAACAAUCUUUACCCUUUUGUCUUCCUCAAUGUUGAUGGAAACUUGUUUAUUUUCGCUAACAAUCGAGCUAUUUUGCUUGAUUAUGUGAAGAAUAAAGUGGUAAAGACGUACCCGACAAUUCCAGGUGGCGAUCCUAGAAGCUAUCCUAGCACUGGUUCAGCUGUCUUGCUUCCAUUGAAGAACUUGAAAAUGGCAGAUCUUCAAGCUGAAGUUUUGGUUUGUGGAGGUGCUCCUAAGGGUUCUUUUGCCCAAGCAUCACGAGGUAAUUUCAUUAAAGCUUUGAAAACUUGUGCCAGGAUCACAAUAACCGACCCCAACCCAAAGUGGGUAAUGGAGACUAUGCCUUUAGCUAGAGUUAUGGGUGACAUGAUAUUGCUUCCAAACGGCAAAGUUUUACUCAUCAACGGCGCUGGCUCCGGUUCAGCAGGUUGGGAAUUGGGUCGGAACCCGGUACUUAGUCCCGUCUUGUACCGGCCUGAUAGAAAAAUAGGUUCACGGUUCAAGACGCAAAUCCCGACAACAAUUCCCCGCAUGUACCACUCCUCAGCAACAUUACUUCGUGAUGGCAGAGUUUUAGUUGGUGGAAGCAAUCCUCACGCAUUUUACAAUUUUACAAGUGUUCUUUUCCCUACUGAACUAAGCUUAGAGGCAUUCUCUCCAACAUAUUUGGACUCUAAAUUCAAUGAUUUGCGACCGAAAAUCAUCACUCCAAAGUCGAUGUCAGGAAUCAGAUACAACAAAAGAACAAACAUUCAAGUGGUCAUUACAGGUAAAGUAGCUGAAAACUUGGUGUCGGCAACAAUGUUGGCACCAGCUUUCAAUACGCAUUCAUUCUCUAUGAAUCAAAGGUUGCUUGUACUCGGCAAUGACAAAGUAACCACUAGUGGGAACUCAGCGUACAACAUUGAGGUGACGACUCCAAGCACGCAUAAUCUUGCGCCACCAGGCUUCUACCUAUUAUUUGUGGUCCAUCAAAAUAUUCCCAGUCAAGGCAUUUGGGUCAAGUUGCGGUAAAGAAAAAAGAAAAAGGAACAAUUGGAAUUAACCGAAAAUAAAGAUUUGUGCUUUGUCUUGUAUACUUCUUGUUACUGUUAUUUUUUUACUCUUCGAGAUGUGACUUAAGGUUUUGUUUUUAUAUAUAUAAUUCAGCAAUCUCUGCCCAUUGCUUUAGUAGAACUAGAUACCAGACAAGUGUAUUAACAAUUUAUGUUGCAUGGAUCAAUGAAGAGGAUUUGUUUUAA